AUGAAGCAGCAUAACAUAAAUCCGAAAGAAGAUGCCAGGACGGUAUUUGAAGUUCUCAAAAAGGGUGGAAUUGCAAUCAUUCCGGCUGAUGUCGGCUAUGGGAUUGUCGCGAUCGACCCCGAGGUCUUGAACCGGAUUUUCCUCACCAAGCAACGUCAACCAAACAAGCGACACGCCAUGAUAGGCAGCUACGCUCUUCACUGUGCCCUUCAUGUACUUUCGCCAACCCAGAGAAGUAUGGUCAAACUCUUGAGCGUAGAUUUAGAUGUCCCCAUUGGAGUCGUUGCCCCAUACCAGUCUGAUCAUCCCAUUAUACGAAAGAUACCUCCCGAAACGUUGGCACAGUGUGUCGUUGCGGGAACCGUUGCAAUGCUGGUCAAUGGUGGUGCAUUACAGGAAGAACUAUCUCGACUGGCCACCACAGAGGAACUCCCUUUGAUGGGGUCAUCGGCGAACAUGACAGGAAAAGGAACAAAGUCUGCAGUCGAAAAUAUUGAACCGGAGAUUUUGAGUGUGGCGGACAUUAUUAUUGACUACGGGAAGCAAAAGUUCCACCACCCUCGACUCUCCUCUACCAUGAUUAAUUUCACAACAUGUACAGUUUUGCGAUAUGGUGCUUGCUAUGAUGUGCUACAGGAUGCUCUAAGGCGAUUUUACGGGGUCAGAAUACCUGAUGACCCCGGAAAGUCAGUUUUGCCCUCUGGCCAUAGGGUCGACAAGACAGAUACAUUCAACUAG